AUGGCGAGCCAGUUUGCCGGCCUGCACAUGCGGGUGGUGCUGAGAGAUCCUCCUGGGCACCAGCUCACAGGCACCGUCCGCGAUGUACAGGCAGGGAGCAGCCUCACCUUGACGAAUGUAUUCAUUGCUGCAACGCGAGCUUGGGUCCCUCAUAUGCGAAUCGAUGCCUCCAACAUUGCCGAUCUCUCAGAAGUUAAUGGUGACGACAGGCCAGACCAGAACCCUCUGCCUGCUGAGAAACCUACGGCUUCGACAUACACCGUGCAGCAGCCGCCGACUCAGUUGGCCGCACAGACUCCGACCCAGCCGGCCCAGCCUGCCUUUGUCGAUCCAGCUAUUCUGAGUCUAGGAAGACGGCCCAAGUCAGCGGCGUCUGGCAAACAGAAGAAGGAUGAAAAGGGCGCAGACCAAACCGACCUAGCAGGACAGCCGGGAGUCCUAUAUGGCAUUCAUGCGACGCGCUCGUCGGUCGACUCUGGCGAUGAGAACAACCUUGUGGCGUCAGUGAAAGAUUUAAAGAUAGACCCAGUAGCCACUUUGAAAGGUUUGUCAGGUAAUAAAGCUCGACAGGUCAAAGAAGCGUCAGGUUCUACACAGCAACAGCAAAAGAAGAAAGCGCGGCGGCAUCCAAAGGCCCACAAGGAGCAUUUAGGCGAAGCGCAACCAGCUGUUCAGACGCAAGGACAUGGGAAAGGCUGGAGACAGACUCCAAUCUUGCAAAGCACUGCCUCUUUUCAGCCAUUCACCGCUCUUAGACGGAAUGGGAAGAACUCGAAGAGUCUCCUGGACAAUGGAUGGGCAUCUGAGGACGUUACAGAGGAAAUGGGCGAUUUCGAUUUUGAGAAUAAUCUGGCCAAAUUCGACAAGCACAAGAUUUUUGAUCAAAUGAGAAAAGAAGAUACCAUUGACGAUGCGAGCCGCCUUGUAGCACACAACCGCCGGCCCAAGCCCGGAACGGCGGGAGGCAAGAACCUGCACUACACCGAAAAUGUCCUGGAUAUGCCCUCCACAACGGCUGCGUCAAACGCUGAUUACUGGAAUAGCGAAGCAGAUGUUGGUGCCAACGGAUCUGAGAAGCUAAGCGGCCGAGAACACAAAAAUGCCAGCCAAACCGGUCGGAGGCCUGACAGCAAGACUGGUGCUAGGCGCUCGCAGUCCCGCAAGGCAAGCACUGCCGCUCCUGUUGGAAGUCAGCCACUUAGUAGGGUCAACUCCAGCCUACGGUAUCAAGCGUCUCGCCGAUCUAGCCCCACGACCGGGCACCGCAGCACUGACUACGAGCAGCAGCAGCAUGAACGCCCGGGACUAUAUCUACUGCCUUCAAAUCGACGCGUGGAGACGAUUUCUACGCUUCAGAUGCUGAAUAUUGAAAACAUUGCUGCCAACGAGAUUGGAUUUAGCGAGACCUUGAUGGCGGAAAACGCAGGAAGGGGUAUCGCUGAAGUGGCUGUGGCCGUAUUGUCAGACCCAGCCAUGAAAGUCCGAUUCGAGAUGGUCGUGGCGGGAGCGUCCAGCGAUGCUUCAGUGCGCUCAUCAACGAUUGUGAUACUUGCCGGCAAUCAUAAGUCGGGUAUUCGUGCGCUGGCUGCUGCUCGCCAUCUUCGAAACAAAAACUUUGAUGUGGUUGUAUGUUUGGUUGGUGUUGAGCGCGAGCGAGACCUAUUGGAAGAUUUGAAGAGACAGAUCCAGCUCUACAGAAACUUUGGAGGCCGAAUUUUGAGCAAGAACGACUUCUUUGAAUUUCUUCGAAGAGGGGCUGGAGCGGGUAGUGGCCUAUCAAUAUCUCUUAUUAUUGACGCCUUGCUCGGCCUUACCAUGUCGUUUGAGGAACUGCGAGUCGGUGACCAGGCGUCGGUAUAUGAGCUGAUGGAAUGGGCGAACCGGAAUGAGGCGUUCGUACUAGCAAUUGAUAUUCCUUCAGGCAUUGACCCUUCAAACGGCAAUGUUGCUAUUAUUGAUGGAAGUCACCUGUUUGUCAAACCGCGCUACGUUGUUGCCAUAGGCGCACCCAAAAAGGGGCUUCUAGAGGCUGUUACGCCGCCCCCUGACGAUGAUACAGCCCUACCAACAAAUAUUAUUCACGAGGACGAGUGGCGGCUAUUCAUUGCCGAUUUAGGGCUGGGAAGCGCAAUCUGGAGGAAGGCUGGUACUAAGAUACGGAAGGGCAUCGAGUUUGACGGCAAAUGGGUGCUGGAAAUGAAGUACCGCGGACCUCAGGAGGAAGAAGAUGAAGAUUAA